CCUGAUGCCCGGUGUCCGGGUAAGAUGGCGUUGGAAGAACAGUGCUCGGCACCGCCUCGAUGGCGGUCGAUAUCCUUAACCCACGUAGAGUAUCCGGCUGGUGAUCUGAUGGGGCGGGUGUUGGCCUACAUGAGUCUUUUGCCCAUAGCGAUCCUUGUUGGCUUCGUCACUCUGAUCGUCUUUAAGAGAGAGCUGCAUACGAUCUCAUUUUUUGGGGGAUUGGUAAUAAAUGAGGGGCUAAACUGGCUGCUGAAACACAUUCUACAGGAGCCGCGGCCAUGUGGGGGAGGUCACAGUUCACUCACGACAGAGUACGGGAUGCCCUCCAGUCACUCUCAGUUCAUCUGGUUUUUUGUUGUAUACUUUUUUCUUUUUCUUUAUUUAAGAAUGCAUCAGACGAACAAUGCCAGGUGUGUUGAAUUGUUAUGGCGGCAUAUAUUGUCCAUCAUUCUACUGGGUGCGGCUCUCUCCGUUUCUUACAGCAGAGUCUACCUCCUGUACCACACCUGGAGUCAGGUGGUUUAUGGGGGUGUGGCUGGUAUGGUGAUGGGAGUGGUGUGGUUUUUUAUCACCCAGGAGAUGCUAACGCCACUCUUUCCCAAGAUAGCAGCCUGGCCAAUCUCAGAGUUUUUCCUGGUGAGAGAUACAAGUCUCAUUCCAAACAUUCUGUGGUUUGAAUACACAGUAACCAGAUCAGAGGCCAGAAACAGACAACGAAAGCUGGGAACAAAGCUUCAAUGAAAUGCUGCAAAACCCCAGUUAAAACUGACGGAAAGGACCACAUACACACACACACACACACACACACACACACACACACACUGUACACACUCUCAGACACACUGGAGUUUCAUCGUCUGGACUGUUCUGGUUGAUACAAAAGCGCAGAACAGUGUACAUGUGGACCAAAGGAGCAAGUUUGUAUCGCAGACGUGACCGUUAAACGACCCAACCAUUCGUUCGCACGACAACAUGGCCUUUGCCUCCCCAUCCUUAAACUGCCCCAGCGAUCCAAAUGCAUGUGGAACUAUUUAAUGAGAAAUGUAAUAUAUAUUUUAUUCAUUAACGCUCACAGGGAAGAUCAUAAGGAUGAGGGGGAAACAUUGAUUGACAUUGAUAGCUGACGACGGGUGGGUGUAAGAAAAUUACUUUUGCUCAUUUGUAUAUUUUGAAAGAAGAAAAAUAUUAAUUAGCGAGUGACUCAUGUCCAGGGCACAUUUCACUCCAAAAUCCCUCG